AUGACCAUGACAUCGCUGGAGGUGCAGCGCACAGCCAGCAACAACAUUCCCAUGCGCCGAUCCGCCCAGGAGCGCAAAGUGGAGGAGUUGUGGCGGCCAAUCUCAGACUGGGGCGCAGAGGAAGUGGCUAUCUGGCUCAGAGGCGUGGAGAAGGUCGCACGCCCCGUGCUGGAGAACGUGCUCCAUGCCGGUCUGUCCGGAGCCGAACUUCUUCAAAUCACCAGUCAGCGCCUGGCUGAGCUUGGGGUUGACUCUGUCGGCAAGCGGUAUUGCAUCCUGGCAGCUGUUGCAUCCUUGCGCACAGCGGAAACGUACAUACCAGAGAACCCCGUGCUGACGCUUGGAUCGAAGCUAUUAUCCGCGGGGAAGGACCUGGAGUCACGCCCAAUGCAGUGCAUCUUGCAGAUGGUGCAGACAAUCACCACGACGCUUGGCGCCAUCGACACGCUCCUUUCCACCGAUGACUACCGCACGCGCCGACAGGAGGUGCUGGUCGAGUGCGGGCGCAUCCUCAAGCUCGUCGCAGAGACGCAGGACACAAGCAGCGGCAACCGCCACUUUGUCAAGAAAUGCAAGGCGUUUGUGCGGGCCGUGCUGCCACACCUGCAGGAGCUAAAGGGGAUGCUCACCUCCGACCCGUCGCAGAACAUCAACAACUUCCUCCACUCGGUCGUCGUCAACAUUCCCCCCGGCGCCCAGGCGGGACUGUCCAUCCGCCAGAAUGACUCGCGUUUCAUCUACAUCUCCAACUUGACGCCAAACGAGCCUGCCGACCGCACGGGCCUGCUCGCGGUCGGGGACGAGAUUGUGAUGCUGAACGGCCAGAACAUCAUUGGCUGGCGCACCCGCUCUGUGGCCGCGCUGCUCAAGCAGUCCACGACAGCCAUCAAACUUGUCAUCAGACUCCCGGGGUCGAUGUUUGAUGCGCGCAUCAGUCGACUGAUGGAGCAUGCCCGCGCACUCCGCAACAGCAUCGGAUCUUCCUCGUCCACUCGUCCAUAUCGAGGGUCGUCCACAACCUCCCGCAGGUUCACCGGAUCGUCCACGAGCACGCCGCGUUCGUCGGUAAUCAACGCAAUGCUGACAGGCGAGGCGGAGGAAAGUGGCGGCAUUGACAUCAUUUCCCCGAGUGGACGCGAGGAGUGGGCGAUUGGUACACCCCGCGUCAUCAAGUGGGAUGCGUGCGAGCUGCCACGGCACGUGACCCUCGCCAUUCGUGCCAUCAGCAAGCGGGCAUGCUUCAACCUGCAGAUUGCGCCUGUCGUUGUCAACACGGGCGAAUACACGUGGACACUGACAGCAGACAUCCUGCCGAGCGACGACUACCAGAUCAUCAUUUCAGCGCUGGUGGGCGACCGGGAGGUGGUGGCAAUCUCACAGCGGUUUGCUGUUGUCUCAUCGCCCGCACUUGAAGCGCCGCCAGCACCACGCUCCGAUCGAAGGGCAAGCAAGAAGCUGAAAGCGCGGGAAAUUCGGCUGAGCGUGGACCGUGAGGGCACAUUUGGGUUUGAGAUUGAUGCGCAGUUUGUGUCUGACAUCACACCGCAGGGCCCCGCCCACGUGGAGGGCCGGCUGCAGAUUGGCGAUCAGAUUAUCGAGGUGAACGGCUGUCCAGUGCUGCACCUCAGCCACAUUGCCAUCAACAACCUUCUCCAUGAGACAGGAAACCAGGUGACGCUUGUCGUUGCCGACAACCUGGAGGGAUAUAAGGCGUAUCUGAACGCAUACAAUGCAACACACGACAAGUUCAAGUCCAAGCUCGUGUGUCGGCAGGUUGAUCUGCAACCAACACCAGCGGUCGACUCGUUUGGGCUGUCGCUGAUUGGGUCCCACAACAUCAUCACCGUCGGGUCUGUCAUGGAAGGCCUGCCAGCAUCCAAGUGCCCGCACCUCAAGACAUCCACUGGCAUUGUGCAGGUCAACGGGUGCCCAGCCUAUGGCGCCUCUGUGCUCGACGUGCUGAAGCUCAUGCAGUUUCACCGGCAGUCCACGUUGUCGCUCGUCGUAACGCAGGACACGGAUGACUUUGUGCACUACUCCAACGAUGUUCUUCACAGCCGCGACAGCCAGCUCCUCACAGAGGGGGAGUGUGCGGCUGCAAAGGCGAACAUGUCGCGCCGCUUCUUUGGACGUUCGCGAUCAAACUCCGUCAGCAGCUCUGGGAGCCGGGCAUCUGUGCGCGAUGUGCUGGUGCGCCGGCUCUCGUUUGGCCGAAACAGCACGUCCAGUGCUGCCAGCAGCGAGGCCCGCGAUUUCUUCAUCGACCCCGUCGUCGAAACACCGUGCUCCUCUCUCCGCAAUCCAAGCAUGCAGGGAUGGCUGACGAAGCAGGGUGGAUCCGGGCUGACGCCAAAGAACUGGCGACGACGGUGGUUUGUGCUCAAGUCUGGUGCUGUAUACUACUACAAAACGCCAGAGGACGCAGUGGCGCUUGGCUGCUUCUCUCUUCGCGGAUAUCUCAUCAUGCCGCCGCCACCAAAGAAGCACAUGUACAACAAAUUUGGCUUCAAGAUUUCCCGGGAGGACAAGCGCUCCUACUUCAUCUGCGCUGACUCUGCGGAGGAGAUGAAGGCCUGGAUGAACGCCCUCUCCCUCGCAGCCAUCCAAUACGCCCCGACGGAUGGCAGUGACGCCCGCCAUGCCUCGCGUGCACACGACGGCGGCCACCACCACCACCAUCAUCAGCGCCACCACCCUCAUGAGCAGCAGCAGCAUCGGCUGGAGGCAUCGCACGCACACCACCACCCUUAUCAUAGCCAUCACCAUGCUUCGCAGGCGAGCCACGACCGCCGCCACCAGCUACAGCAGCAGGAGCACAGCGCCCAUUCUUCGCCACGAAACAGUCACGACUUGACGGCACAUGCGCAUGCACACCACCAUCGCCACAGCCAUCACCAGUUGGACAGACGCCACACUCCAGAGCACAAUCUGAUGCAAGGUGGGGAUCGGAGUGGCGCGCGACUCAGCAACACGUCUGCACAGUUUGCGUAAGUGUACAUUAGCACCGUGCUCGCGAUACGUUGAACCUCACUCGCGCGUAUGCGCAAGCGGUUCUGUGUGCGGUUCGAAAGACUUUGCCUCCCUGUUGCUCUGCUCCCCAUCUCUGUCACGUCCUUCCCCUUUCUUCCUCUUCCUCUUUCAUUUUCGUUUUGUGCAUGAGUCAUCACCAUCACCUGCGGUUGUUGCGCGCGCUGCUUGAUGAUUGCGGCCCUGUUGCUUGCUGACCGUGCAGAAACGCACGCGUGUUUGUAUCGUGUCUCUGUGUGUUUCCAUGUUGUUGUUCAUUUCCAAGUUUUUGUUUGUGCUUUCUUGUUCUCUUCUCUCUCUUGCCUGGCCAGUCUCUUGCGUUCUCUGCUUCCUUGCGCUCUCGUUGACAUUCACAACAGCGAGCGGCAGCUCACAUGACGGUUUGACUCGACUGAUUUUGCUUGUGUACAUGUGCCUCUGUGUGUGUGUGGGUGUGUGUGUAUCUGUGUUGGUUCUGUAGACAUCUGGCCUCACAGGAUCGCCG